GUGUGUCCUUGGGGGCCGCGUAGUGCUUGCCACACACACACACACACACACACACACACACACACACACACACACAGAGAGGGCAGUGUGGAAACAUGAGCAGUGUGCUGCUCUAGAUUUGAUGUUGGAAUCCGCCAAGAGUGGAAUAUUCUUCGUUGCGUUGUCGGAGUGGUGAACAGCUCCAUGCGAAAGAGUGGCGGUGAAGCCGUUUGCCACGCAAAGGGGAAAAGUGGUACGAUGGGGGCAAGUCUUGUCAAGGACAGUCUAGUUGGUUGGUUGUACUCCAGACCAAAGCAACCUGCAACCAUGAUUCCCUUGAAGUGCGCUGUUAAGCACUACGGUUGGGGCAGGCUAGGGCUUGAGUCAGCUGUCGCUCGACUCCACGCCGCAGGGACAGGUAAGGCAGUGACAGCGAAUCGCCCUUACGCUGAGCUAUGGUGUGGUACACACCCUAGUGGGCCUUCCAUGAUUUGUCUGGAUGAUGACAACCAUAGAGGUGUGGAGUUUGGGUUGAAGGAGUGGCUGGAGGAUCACCCCCAUGCUCUGGGUGAUAAAGUAUUGGACAGGUGGAAGACUGUGGAUCUGCCAUUCCUUGUCAAAGUCCUAUCUGUGUCGACGGCACUGUCGAUUCAGGCUCACCCUGACAAGGCGCUUGCAGAGAAGUUGCAUGCUCAAUAUCCGAAGAUAUACAAGGACGACAAUCACAAGCCCGAGAUGGCAAUUGCUGUGACGCCAUUCGAAGCACUCUGUGGGUUUGUGACAAUGUCUGAGCUUGCAAAGGCUUUAGAGACCGCAGCGGAGCUAACCGCUGUACUUGGGCAGGACGUGACCCGUGCUGUGCUGCAGAUGGGUCGAGCUGAAACUGGGAAUGGGCAUGAGGUGCUCACGGAGAAGCAUGGGACUAGCAGCAAGCCAAAAUCAGCGGACAAUGGGGCUGAAAAUGGGGUUGAGGACCAUGCGUAUGUUCCGUCUGGUGAAAACGGCCAUGGGGAAGCCUGGCAUGUUCAGACAGGUGGGAAUUUGCCUGUUGAACAGGUGUACGGCAUGACAAAAAACAGAGGAUAUGAUGAAGAAUUCACUGCCCAUGGUGUUGGGAAGGAUUACAUGGCUCGCCAAGCCGAAAAUGGGGGCGGUGACCACACAUUAUUGGGUGCUGAUUCUGCUGAAGCAAUUGAGAAUAGGGGUGCAAAUCCACAGGGCGUGGAAGGCCCUGUUGGUAGCGAUAAGACGUUCAGAGCUUCUCUUUUGUGCAAGGCGUUCAAGACGCUCAUGACAAGUAGCGAAGAGGUAAUCUCAGGUGCUGUUGCAAGGCAUGUGUCUUCGCUAAAUAAGAAGAAAAUGGAGGGUAUCAUCCUCUCUCCAAAGGAGUUUCUGAUUCUCCGCCUGAACCAGGAGUAUCCGGGUGAUGUUGGGGUUUUGGCUGCCUACUUCCUUAAUUAUGUAAGGCUCAAGCCUGGGGAAGGUGUUUACCUUGCGGCAAAUGAGCCACAUGCUUAUCUCUCAGGUGAUUGUGUGGAGUGCAUGGCCACAUCAGAUAAUGUUGUCCGCGCUGGACUCACACCGAAGUUCCGAGAUGUUGAUACUCUGUGUUCCAUGUUGACAUACAAACAGGGAAUGCCAUGUGUACUCCGUGGGACUCAGAUUGAUAAGAAGACACGAAGGUAUUCUCCACCACUCGAUGAAUUUGAAGUCGAUCGGAUCAGCAUUGAACCAGGGACAGGGUACACAGUCCCUGCUUCCCCUGGGCCUUCCAUCUGUCUGACAUUCUCAGGUAGGGGUUCUUUGCUGUGUGUAAGUAGUCCGUGCGACACAGCGCAGCAUGGUAGCAAGGGAGGAGCUUCUGUGAUAUCUGAGGGAAGUGUUUUCUUUAUGCCGGCAAACACAGCAUUUCACAUCACUGCUAUGGCUUUGGCGAUGGAUGGUUCGGCUGCGGAACCUCUGCAAUUGUUCAGAGCAGGUGUUAACAGUCGUGCUUUGUUUUGAUAUAGUGUUUAUACAUACCAGUGCAUUUUUUGCUUUGCUGCUUCUUCCCAUGCAGUUCCCCCUCCCUCCUGCCUGGCCCACGUUUGCUGGCAGGUCGGCCAUGGUCUUGGGAGUGUAUGCAGGACACAAGGAUUUUUUGUUUUGAGUUUUUUUUUAAGUUUUGAGAGGAGACAUAUCUUCAUCUCUGCCUGUGGCCGAGUGGUACUAGUGCAAGAAAUGGUCCGAAAAUGGUCCAUUGGUUCGGAAAACGGUCCCAGGAUCAAUGCUACUGAUCCAGAUGAGCCUGUUUAGGGGUGUACAAUUCUGUCCAGCGGGACCGGGUUACCUGUAGCUGCAUGUGGACCCUCCCUUUUGGGCAUGCAAACCGGGAUAUACGUAGAGGGUUCAGCCUCCUAACGAGUCGCUGAAAUUUCCGACGAAACAGUCUGUCACAUCCCCCAGUAUCUCGUCCUUUUCUCCCUUUCUGCCCAUGGUUCACCCUGGCAGUUCUCUGUGACUACGUAAUAUGUAUGUCUACGCUGACAUAUAUAUGUAAACUUCGACGAAACAGUUUGUCACAGCCCCUCGUUUGUUGUCCUCUUCUUCCUCUCUACCUACGGUUUACCGGGCAGCUCUGUUUGACUAUAUAUAUAGAUAGAUAGAUAGAUAGAUAGAUAGAUAGAUAGAUAGAUAUAUGCUCUUGAGGAUAUAUAUCUAUAUAUGCUCUUGCUUCUAGGGUUGCAGGGCCUCUGUAUUGCUUACGGACGCAGCUUGCCUGCAGCAUGCGCCUCCCUGACCAGGGUUGCUUGCAGCCCGCAAUUCUCUUGGAAUCUUAUUCCGGACCAGUGCAGGGAUUUUGUUGCAUUCUUCCUUCGGAAGGAGAGGAAUAUGUUUGCACCUGUUGCUGGCAGAGGCAUGUUUGAAGCAUGAAAUAACCCAAAAUGGAGGCAUGUUUGAAGCAUGAGCUACCCGAAAAAAUGGUCCAUUGAUUUGGAAAACUGCCCAAGGAUCAAGGGCACUGUUCUGAAUGGCUGCCAGCCGUAGGGGUGUACAAUCGUAUCUGGCCAGACGAGUCAUCCCUAUCGGCAUUUUGAACAAGAUGUCUGGGCAUGCGAAUCAGUAUAUAUAUACACGCUGUCUUAAUUCAUAGAUAUCUGACUAUAUGCUAGGACCUCAGGGCCCUUCAUGGCCUACUGAUGCGGAUGCUGGCAACUGGACAGGUUGUCCGGACACCAUUCCUUAAAUGUCUUUUAUCGAUAGCAGAAGGAGAAGACAAAAGGAAAAAUGUCCCGGCUGCUUGAUUUAAGCCCUGUCCUCCCUCUGCCCGCCUUGUGCCACUCCCUUCUUCCCCUCCUCCCCCUCCUCCCCCUCCUCCCCUCCGCCUGUCUCUCCCCCCUCCUCUGUGCGCUCACAACCUUAACAUGACUGAGGAGAUUUGGCUUGUCUUGCGGUCCAAGAUAGGUCCAGACAGAUUGGUCCCGCUGGAUGAUCAAAUAGCCUGGCCAAGGUCUGGAAGUAGCAAUUGGGAACCUGGGUUUGUGAUUCUCGUGGUUCGGAAGCUGGGAUCUGUGGACCUCCAAGCGGCAAAUGGAGACUGGUAGCUGAUGGUGCCUGUGAUCGGCACAUUCAAAGGGCUCGUUCGUCAUGGAAGUAGAUCACCGCGGACCCUGUUCUGGGUUGAAGCGGAAAGUCUGGGCCUCUUUUCGGGACCUGGAAUUGAAGAUUGGGAUGCCCAGGUUGUGGGACUCCUGCCACGGUCUCCAGCGCUGAGAAUGAUAGAACGACCAGUCUGAUGUUGGAGUUGAUGUGGACCCGGAACUGAGCGGUGGAACUAUAUAUUGGUGGGACGUUGAACUGGCUUGCGGAAGUCAUGCUGGACAUCAAGCUGGCUUGCGAAACUCGUGGUACAACCUAGAAUUGGGCUUUUUUAGGAAAAUGUGGGUGGAUCAGAAACUCGCAAAGUCACAGAUGAACCUGGACUGAAGCCCACAGAACGGCUUUGACAGACGCAAAGCUGGAGUGGAGGGGAGUUGAUGAUUUAGGACACAGGUCUUUUGUGUCAGUGGAAUAAAGAUAAUAAGCACCGACCUGCCAAUAUCCCCGUUAGCUUUUUCUUUUAAUAAUUGGGGGAGCACUCACUUGGCUCUGUAUCUGUGCAUCGUGCUAUGCUUGAGAUCAUGUUCUGUAAUGUACUAGAAUUAUGGACGUUGUUACGUCGUACCAUGAUUUUGGCUGGAAAUGGUACACUGUUGAGAUGUGGUUAAUAAUUGCAGAGUUUGCCACUGCUUCACCACCCCUCUGAGGAUCGUGCUGAUCGGGGGGUUGGGGGCAGGGGGCAGUUUGGCAUAGUGGCAUGCUGAAUAAACUGGAGACCCUGGCUAGCACCGGCCCUUCAGACAUCGAGGGCCUGGUGGACAAUGAGCUCCAAUAAUUUUGCUUUCCGUGCAGUCGUGGUUGAAAGACUGAGGAAUGCGAUAAUGUCAAGGGGUGCUUUCCCCUCCAGAAGAGAGGGAGAGGAUAUCUGAAUGGCAGAUGGGUGCAUAUAGCUUGGCUAUUUCCUGGACGAGCCAGCUUGUUUACCAGAAUGGACGGCAUUAUUUCAAUUUUAGA